AUGGGGCGCAAGCAGCGCAACGGCAAACGCACAUCGGCCCGCCUCGUCGGUGCGAUCUGCAAGUGCAAGGCGAAGCUGGCGGCGACAGAGCGCAGGCUGCGGAAGCUGAAGAGCGCCUCGUCGUCGAGCACAUGGACUACCCCGAAGAAGGGCCGGCUGAAGGUCAACUUCGACGGGUCGUCCAUGUCCAAGAGCUCCAGCAUCGGGGGAGUCGUCCGCGACCACAGGGGAAAUUUCAUCCUGGGCUACGCACAGCGUAUCGACAAGGCGACGAGCUCCGUGGCCGAGCUCCUUGCGCUCAAGCGCGGGCUGGAGCUCGCGGUGAAGAACCGGUGGCGGAACAUCUCCAUCGAGGGCGACUUCAAGACGGCCGUCGACGCCAUCGCUAGCCGCGCGCGCAUCAGGGCAAAGAAGGAUCUGGGCCAGUGGAGGAAGAUCGCCGGGCUGCUGCCGCGUCUCGGCAAGACCACCGUGUCGCAUGUUGUCAGGAAAGGGAAUAAAGUUGCCCAUGGCUUUGCCAAGCUCGGGUACGAGGAGGCGGCGAUGAGGCAGCGGGUGUGGCGCGACGUGCCGCCGGAGGAGGUUCUCCAGUACCUUGAGCGAGACGCCCAGAGGAAAUACUCCCUCCGUGCAGAAAUAUAA